GGUAUAUAUAUUAUGAGGUGCAAGGUUCAAUAUUCUCAUCCUCUGGAUCCACCAUGCGAUCACCGGAUAUACCAAUCAAAAGGUCAGUGAUGCUUUAGGGUUUGUCAGAGGAUAUUGAUGGAGGUUUCAGAUUUGGGGCUGAUUACGGUGGAAAGAUCAAUUGUUCUUUUAUGAUGACGCUAAUAUUGAUGGAGGUUCUCGUGACUGUUGUUGUUGAUACAAUUUGAUGCAGAGCCUGACUAUUGAGCAUCUGAUACAACACCAAAUUAGCAAACAUAUAACAAAAGUCUUAACCACUGGAGAAGAUUGUUCAAAUGGAACUUCUCUUUUUUUUUUAGAUAAGUGGAAGGUAGAAAUUUAUUCUAAUGAAUGAUUGAGAUUAAGGUAUUAAGAGCUAUAAUGGGAAAAGUUCCUUAUCAAGGGGUCCCUAGAAUAAUGAUCCUUGUGGUGUAAAGUAUUUGGUAAAGUUGAGAUAUUUUUUUUCAUACUGUCGUCACUAAUGAUGUAUUGGAGUUAAGUUGACCAUCUAUACCAUGAUUGCUUCUAAACUCACGUUAGCCUUUGAGAUACUAUCUGAGAAUUCUGGAUACCAAAUAAAUCUUAUCAUGAGAGAAGAGACAGUGUCUUGGAAGUACUUUAAACGAGAUGUUGUGCCGUUCGCUGCUAUGGUCGCAGUCGAGUGUACCACGGUUGGAUCGAGCACACUGUUCAAGGCUGCUACCUUAAGAGGAUUCAGCUUUUAUGUAUUUGUGUUCUACUCUUAUGUUGGUGCUACCCUUGUCCUUUUACUACUUUCCCUCAUCUUUGGAAGGUCAAGAAGUUUACCUUCAGCCAAGUCUCCUCUCUUCUUCAAGAUUUUCUUACUUGCACUUCUCGGGCUCACGUCGCGGGUAGCUGGCUGUAAAGGUAUAGAAUAUAGCUCCCCUACUCUUUCCUCUGCCAUCAGCAAUCUUACACCAGCUUUCACCUUCAUGCUUGCCGUCUUCUUCAGGAUGGAACAAGUAAUGUUAAGAAGCUCUGCAACUCAGGCUAAAAUCAUUGGCACAAUAGUAUCUAUAUCUGGUGCUCUGGUUAUUGUUCUGUAUAAAGGCCCAAAACUACUUGUUGCUGCAUCGUUUACUUCAUUCGAGUCAAGUUGGAUAAUAGGAGGCCUUUUGCUCGGUUUACAAUUUUUGCUUCUUUCAGUCUGGUUUAUUCUUCAGACUCAUAUCAUGGAGAUAUAUCCUGAAGAGAUAGCUGUAGUCUUCUGCUACAACUUAUGUGCAAUGGUCAUCUCAGCGACGAUAUGUCUAAUUGUAGAAAAAGACUUGAGUUCUUGGCAGCUUAAACCGGGUUUUUCCCUUGCUUCAGUCAUAUACUCGGGACUCUUUGAUACAUCAUUGGGCUCAGUUAUUCACACAUGGGGUCUGCAUGUGAAGGGUCCCGUCUACGUAUCCUUGUUCAAACCAUUGUCUAUUGCAAUUGCAGUCGCCAUGGCUGCUAUAUUCCUUGGCGAUGCUCUUCACCUUGGGAGUGUGAUUGGAUCAGUGAUACUAAGCUUUGGGUUUUACACUGUGAUUUGGGGCAAAGCAAGAGAAGAUGCAAUCAAAACAGUAAGUGAUCCUGAGCAGUCACUCUUGUUGCCUACCCACAACACAGAUGAUGAAACCUUAUCAUGAACUUAAGUUGGACACAUGCAUAACUAUUGGACCCAUUAGAAGAUGACCCCUGUUUAUCUUGUAUAUAUAUCAUACUAGGGGAUUAUCUAUUAAAGAUCUUGUGUGUACAAGUUUCUAACAAAUGAUAUGAUACAUUGAAUGUGAAAAAUAUAGAUGAAUAUUAUAGUACAACUUGAAGGAGUGGUAAAUGAAAA